AUGGAUCCUCUCUCUACAAUCGGAGUGGCAGCAGCCAGCGUCCAAUUUGCAGGUGUAGCCGUCCAAAGCUUGAUCAAAACGAUUGAUCUCAUUCGAAAGAUUCAUGAUAUCCCAAAAGAUACCAAACAGCUUCUUGACUACAUAGAUCGAGAGCUUGCAUUAGUCAAUGAACUAUUGCGCCCCGACACAUCCACAUAUGCUUACAUUUCUACCAACCAGUACUCUCAGCUCUCAACGCCUGCGAUCGAGGCUCGAAAAGCGUUGGAAGAAAUUCAGAAAACCCUUCAGCCAUUGGUCACCGUUCUAGGUGACCCACAUCAUAGAGAUGGCGCUGGAAAGCGAAUAGUUCGACUGUGGAAGUCGAUCAACACCGUUCAAACAGUGAAGAGGGUAGAAGAGAAGAUGAAGACCGUGGAAAGACUCAAAAGUAGCCUCAUGAGCCAUUUACAAAUGGCUGGGUUAGAAACACAGUCGGUACUAAGAAAUCGCACUACCAUGAUUCGAGACAUGACUCAAUCAAAUUCGGCCCGUGUCAACGAGACAAUUCAAUCAUUGCAGCAUCUCCAUGAUACACAUGACCAGAACAACUACAAACUACACAGUUCAAUGGCAACUAUUACCCAAGAAAUAAACGCAACAAGUCGUGAGGUAGUGGAAACUCGAAUGCUCCUCAGUCAGGAAGCUACUAGUACUACUGAGGCGAUAAGUGGUGUCAGGAAACACUUAGCCGAGGUAUCGAAGGACCAUAAAGCUCUGAAGAUUGCGGUGGAUCGGAUUGAAACCACUUUCUCCGAUUACAAGCUUGCGGUGCAUGCGCAUGUGAGAGCCGAAAACGAAGCGAAGGCUGAACUUCGCACACAACAAGUUAUGGAUCGAACCGCUUUCCUAGAAGAUCUACGCAACGAACUACAAGACCAGCUCAGGGCAGUGAUUCCAUAUCUGCAUGCCCCUGGUAAUGCGGUCCCCGAACUGGAGACUUCGACAUAUGAAGUGAAUAUCCCAGCAGGCACAGCCAGCAUCAAUUGCACCGCCCCUAUGACGACACACACAAAUCGACUCCAAGACUCAGAGCACUCCGAAAACACCGUCAGAUCUCUGAGGUGCAAGUGCAAUCAAGGAAAAAUAACUGAAGUCAGGAACUAUGGACCACUCGGAUUCAAAAUCGAGAAUCAUACCCCUCAAAAUUGCCCUUUCCAUGGUAAAGUCUCAUAUUGGUGCUACUCUAUCGUAGCUGCAUUGAGCCCAUGGCUCCAGGGGGCGUUAGAAUUCACCAUUGGAGCGUCGAGCAGAAAUCGGGUGUGGUCUAUAACACCAUCCUUAAGAUUCCGAGCUAUUGUCCGACGGGUGGAUAGCCCAUUCUUCACUCUUUUUGAUGAAUUUGUUGCGCGGUGUCCGACCUUUUCCCACCUUGAAGCAAUUGGUGAUUCCCGUCCAUUGCUUUGGAGACCAGGUGAAGGAUCAGGGCAUCUAACCUGGAAUCAUGAAUUCACUCGAGAGUGCAUGUCAGACCUGAUCCAUGGGAUAAAAAGAACAAUCUCACUGGGACAGGCUUCUGCAAGCGACGUUGAUGAGAAUAACAAUACUCUUCUGACGGAGAUCAUAUACCUCGUGUUGCUAUUAGGUCGAGAAGUAGAUCACUUAACUUUUGAAUUGAACGAACUCCUCGAAAUCGCCCAGGGGGCCAACGUUGACCCAUGGGCAGAGACUGGGGUAGAAGGUAGAGGUUAUUCAACCAAACCCGUCAAAAUACGGGCAAUGAAACCCGACUUUCGGCCACCGACUCACUGCCUAAACGAAGCUUUUAUGAUGCGUGGUGACCCACUCCCUACAUUUAUACGGAACAUUAUCAAGUACGAGGGCGUGACCGAAUCACUCAGCACCUUUCAGUAUCCUCCAGGGCCUUUUGGAUCAAAUAUUGGGAUGAGAAGAGACUGGCUUCGUUCCAUACGAGCAUACCCUGAAAUUGUUGAGGCUUGGGACAGUGGUCUGAGCAUGGCCAUACUGAUGAGAUCUCUGCCCGGUCUGCAAAAGUUCUUCAAUGAUGAGAAGUUAGGAUACAGCCACUCACAUGGUAGGCUGACGCCUAUCGAGCUUGCUAUCGGCUGGCCCGACGGCCUGCGAUUCUUCGUGGGACAGGGAUGUCAAGUGAGCGAAGCCUUCGGAGUCUCAUGUGAAUUAGGCGAUGCCGAAUCUGCAUCCAUCCUUCUUUCCUCACCUGGAGUAUUUUGUCCAUUUUUACCCAAUCUUCUGUGGGCAAGUGCCAAAAAGAGCAAGGUCAUAUUCCAAAUGGCUGCCACAGAACUACAGCACCGGCUCGGGGAACUGAAGAGGGUUGCCUCAAACCACUUGACCAUCCUGGAAACCAAAGAGAUGGGCUUGGAUGGUCCCUGGAUGCCAACUUAUGGCGCGCAUGACAUUUACUCAAUAUUGGCACGAAAAAUAAGGAUACCACCAAAGCUCGACGUUUGCCAAGGAUGCUCGCCACACUGUGCUCACAAUACAGAACUGUGGACUCCCCGGGAGAGCAUUAAACUUCACAAGAUUCUUUACGACGUUGGAUUUGUGGACCUAGAUGCACAGUGUGCUCAUGGUUUCACACCACUAGCCGAAUUUUGCAUUAAGUCAAGUUCAACGAGGAACAAAACUUUACACGGCUGGACACGAUCUUGGAAUCAUGGAGUUGCAUGGUUCAUCGAACGAGGUGCAAGUACAACUUUUGAUUUUCGGGGAAACGGACAGCCAAUCUGGCCUCAUUUGCAAUUUUACAUCAGCUGGAUGGUAGGCCUCAUAGGCGAUAUAGACCAGCGCGUCUCUGUCGCAUGCAACGAGCAAUUGCUUGGCGAUCAGUGUGCAUGUUAUUGCUCAUCGAGUGGCUGCAUUGCCCCUUUCGCGAUUUGGCGUUGUCAGUCGAAAUGUACAGCCGUGGAGACGCCGUUGGGACCAGACUGUCGAUGCGACAGACGCCUUCGCUUUCGUAUGCAACGCCUAUCACGAUGGAUCAAGGAAACGCGAUUCAGCAGAGCUCAAGAGCAGUCUUGUUAUCGCAGAAUUUGUCGCCUAGAGUUGUUCGAGCGUCUCGGCAUGGUACAUACUUGCUGUGUUGCGCAUUCCGACUAUCGCGAAGCGGAACGCGCAGAGAUCUGGGCUGAAGAUGAGUCCGCUUCUGAGCAACUCGAAUCACUGAUGUCUAUAUAUGACACUGCAAAGAUGUUGUAUCGCGGGGUUUCUUUAUCGGUGUUCUGGGCAGCUUGGUGGGGCGUCGUUGACAAGAUUCUACCGCUAUUCAAAGCUGAAGAACUAUGCUCCGAGCCUCACCUUCUAUUAGGCCUGGAUUCUUCUAAUCGUGAGAGGGCUCGUGCAUUCGUAGCACAAAGUCGCGACGAGCGCUGGGGAAUUCUCAUGAAGGAUGCCGGAUACGAGGGCUGGGACUUUAAAGAAGUGAUCAAAGAUCACUUCACAAAGUUCUUGAUGCAAGCCAAGGGAUACAGUCAAAGUCGCGCGUCGUGGAGAAGGCAUCGUCUCGUGGGCAGGCCACGGCCACCAAAGAAGAAACGUCAAGAACACGGAAGAAGCCACAACGUAUUGACUCCUGCAUUAGACCCCGACGAAGAUGACGAAUGA